AUGGCUGAGCACCCCCCCAAGCCCCCGCCGCUCCGCACGCCCCCGCGGAUGGAGGGGUUGUGCGUCUGGAUGGUGGGGUUGCGCGUCUGGUCGUUUAACCCGGGCGCUGACCCUCAUCACUCACGGCAACCGGUGACAGCACAGCGGCGCAAGGAGUCACCACCUCUGGAGCGGGCAGAGCUGAGGGCAGGGCCUGGCUGUGUCCCUGCGUGUUUGUUUGUUUGUUUGGAACAGAAGCAGAAGACGCACGAAGGACUUUAG